AUGAGCAUGAGCAUGCGGUCAGCAGCAGUGCCGCAGACGGUCCUCUCUACAAGUGUUAUUCAGGAGCCGUUUCGGCCAGAUUACCUCGGUGCGGCAGCCAGAGACGAGAAAACACAGCCUUUUUGCGGUAAUAAAGAAGGAUGGGGCCCAAUUAGCCCCUUCCGGUACGACUUUACACCCUGCUUCCUCGACGUGUGGAUCAGUGUUGUGGCGGCAUUUGGCAUCAUAUUUGGCGCAAUUGCCAUCUGGUGGCUCCUGAAGAAAAGAAGUCCGUCACCCGUCACUCGAAACUGGCAUUUCUACACCAAACUCGCAGUCCUCGCUGCUUUGCUCGUCACCACCGCACUUCAAGCGUGCCUACAGAUCAAUGCGCUUCCUGGGGUAUGGAUCGGCGACUUUCGCUUCUGGACCUCAAUCAUCACGUUGGUCUCGCUGGCAAUCAUUGGCGGCAUUCAAUACAUUGAGCACUGGCGGAGUCGGCAGCCAAAUGGCAUAGUGCUAUUCUACUGGCUGUUCCUGCUGAUAGCUUUCGGUGUGAAGCUUCGGUCGCUCAUCUCACAGCAAGCGUUCCGAACCCGGCUACCAUACUUUGUCACAUUCUGUGUCAGCUUUGGGCUUGCUGUGUUGGAAUUCGCUCUGGAGUACCUGGUUCCGAAGAAACAGUCCGCAUACGAUGCGCUGGGUGACGAAGACGAAUGUCCAAUUGAAUAUGCAGAUAUUUUCAGUAUCCUUACAUUCAGCUGGAUGACCCCAAUGAUGAAAUAUGGGUAUAAGGAGUACCUCACGCAGGAUGACCUAUGGAAUCUUAGAAGGAGGGAUACUACAAAAGUGACUGGGGAUAUAUUGGAGCAGACAUGGGCUGAUGAGCUUGAAAAGAAACGCCCGUCUUUGUGGAUAGCUCUAUUCCGGGGUUUUGGUGGGCCCUACUUCUGGGGCUCCGUCAUCAAAACUUUUAGUGAUACUUUAUCAUUCGUACAGCCACAAUUGCUGAGGCUCUUGAUUUCUUUCGUUGACUCCUAUCGGGGUGGCAAUCCUCAUCCUCAGCCUGCGAUCAGAGGAGCGGCGAUCUCGCUUGCUAUGUUUGCCGUGUCAGUAGCACAAACAGCUUUGCUCCACCAGUAUUUCCAGCGUGCUUUUGAAACAGGCAUGAGGGUUAAGUCGUCAUUGACUUCCAUGAUAUACGCCAAGUCAAUGCGAUUAUCGAACGAAGGCCGGGCCUCAAAGUCUACAGGAGACAUUGUUAACUACAUGGCUGUUGACACGCAACGACUACAGGACCUUACGCAGUAUGGACAGAUGCUAUGGUCCGCACCAUUUCAGAUUGUUUUGUGUAUGCUGUCAUUAUAUCAAUUGGUUGGUAUUAGCAUGCUAGCAGGUGUCGCUGCUAUGUUACUCAUGGUACCUAUCAACGGGUUGAUUGCCAGGAUCAUGAAAAAUCUUCAAAAGAAACAGAUGAAAAAUAAGGAUGCGAGGACACGGCUUGUGACGGAGAUACUAAACAACAUGAAAAGCAUUAAAUUGUUCGCCUGGUCUCAAGCAUUCAUGAACAAGCUCAACUUCGUCCGCAACGAGCAGGAAUUGAAGACUCUCCGCAAGAUUGGCGCUUCCCAAGCUUUUGCGAACUUCACUUGGUCGACGACUCCUUUCCUGGUAUCGUGCUCUACUUUCACCGUCUUCGUUCUCACGAGAGACGAACCUUUGACAACGGAACUUGUCUUUCCGGCUCUAACGCUUUUCAAUAUGCUCGGCUUCCCUUUGGCCAUCCUUCCCAUGGUGAUUACGUCCAUCAUCGAGGCCACGGUAGCAGUAGGGCGCCUUACUAGCUUCUUCACGGCAGAGGAAUUGCAAGCCAAUGCCGUGCAGACGAAGGAUGCGGCUGCAAAUAACGGGGAUGAAUCAGUCCGUGUCCGGGAUGCUACUUUCACAUGGGAUCGUAAUGAAGGUCGCCACUGUUUAGAGAACAUCAAUUUUGUCGCGCGCAAAGCGGAACUCAGCUGUAUUGUAGGUCGAGUUGGAGCAGGAAAGUCGUCUUUCCUAGAAGCCAUUCUCGGAGACAUCUGGAAAAUUCAUGGCGAGGUCGUUGUACAUGGUCGUACUGCAUACGUGGCGCAGCAAGCAUGGGUCAUGAAUGCAAGCUUCAAGGAGAAUAUUGUAUUCGGCCAUCGCUGGGAUCCACACUUCUACGAGCGAACAAUCAAUGCCUGCGCUUUGACUGAAGACCUAAAGACACUGCCGGAUGGAGACCAGACCGAGGUGGGAGAACGAGGAAUAUCUUUAUCUGGGGGACAGAAAGCUCGUCUGACUCUGGCAAGAGCUGUGUACGCCCGGGCUGAUGUCUACCUUUUUGACGAUUGUCUUUCCGCUGUAGAUCAGCAUGUGGGAAGACACUUGAUCGAGAACGUACUCGGAUCGAAAGGUUUGUUGGCGGGGAAAACUAGAAUACUAGCGACCAACUCAAUUCCAGUACUUUUUGAGGCGGACUUCGUUACCCUAAUUCGUGAUGGCAGAAUCUUAGAAAAAGGGACGUAUGAACAGCUCAUCGCAAUGAAGGGAGAGGUUGCAAAUUUGAUCAGGACCGCCAAUAAUGAAGAAGACCAAGAGACUCCAUCUCCUAGCGUGGAAGACAGCAGAGAUUCCACAAGCUCAGAGAGUGAGGAAUCCAACACUGUCUUUGGUACAGGCACCGGCGACUCAUUGACGGAAGAGAAGGACGAAGCUCAAGAAGGCAUCACUCAACUGGCCCCCCAUACGAGCCAACGCAGGCACUGGGCGAAGAGCGAGCAGCAAUACGUUAAGACGCGCAAGCACAGCAUCAUUCAAGGGCCCCCGUGGCAAGGUGACCGAUGA